AAAAACAAAAUAAAUAAAGUAUGCUAUGUCUUGAAAAAUAUUUCAAAUGAUAAAAUUAUAUAAUAAUAGAACAAAAUUAAUGACUUUACAGUUUGUAUGCAAAAUUUAUGAGGACCUGUCAUGGAAAAUGUAUAGUUAAUUUACAUAGAUAGAUCUAUGUACAGACACACUCAAGGGUUAAAGUAGUGAUUCAUCUGGUGCCAAGAAAAGUUAAAUUUGGAUAUUUCUCCCAUUUAAAACGUAAAUUCUCUCAGCCGAGUCAGCAGUUUUCACACAACUGCGUCUGGUUGCGUUUCGUAAAAUAUUUGUUUAUACUUGCAAGUGCUAUACAAAUCGAUAAAGCGGAAAUAAAAUAGAAAACAACAAGAAAAUAAGAAAAGUUUUAAUUUAAUCUAAGAAAUACGUAGCAAUAGCAGUGAAAGCGAUGUACGGCAUUGAUAAUUAUCCAAAAAAUUAUCAUGCCAGCGGCAUUGGCCUUGUCAAUUUGGCAGCCCUGGGCUACAGCAAAAAUGAAGUCAGCGAUAACUCUGCGCAUAACAACAAAGCGCCGCCGCAAUCGGGUCUGUAUCCCUCGUUGCCAUAUCCUUCAUCAGAGUCAGCGGGCGGAAUGCCGUAUGUGGUGAAGCAAACAGCACAGGCACAAAACGCCUCGUAUCCGGGUGCAAGUUUCGGCAUGCCUCCACCGCCUUCGUCCGGGGGAGCGCCCUAUCCAGGUGCAGGUGGCGGACUCUAUCCGAAUUUGCCAUCAGGUGGCGGCAUGCCAUUGCCGUAUCCGUCGACACCGUUGGCGCCCAUGCCAAGUGCUUAUCCGAGUGCUACGCCAUAUCCAAGUUCUACACCUUAUCCAAGUGCAACACCUUAUCCGAGUUCGACACCAUAUCCAAGUGCGACACCUUAUCCAAGUGCUACACCCUAUCCGAGUGCAACGCCCUAUCCCAGUGCUGGUUAUCCGUCGUUGCCAUAUCCGGGCGGUGCCAUGGGAAUGCCCAGCAUGCCCAUGCCAUAUGCGCCCUUGCCCAACACGCCAACAACGCCAUCCAUUUAUCCAUCUAUUCCGUCACCCUCGGCACCGCCCACACAGGAGGAGGAGCCAUCGGUGGGCAUCACCGAGCUGCAGUUCACCAGUGUCAAGGUACCAGAGAAUCAGAACAUGUUCUGGAUGGGACGCAAGGCGACGAGUGCGCGUCAGAAGAGCGUUCAAGGCGAUGACUUCGCAUCGCUGCGUGAUUCAUGCGUGGGCAAUGGAACCAUGUUUGAGGAUCCCGACUUCCCGGCCGACGAUUCGUCGUUGAUGUAUUCGCGUCGUCCGGAUCGUUACAUCGAGUGGCUGCGUCCCAGCGACAUUGUCGAUGAUCCGCAGUUCUUUGUGGAGGGUUAUUCCCGUUUCGAUGUGCAACAAGGCGAGCUGGGAGAUUGUUGGUUGCUAGCUGCAGCUGCGAAUCUGACGCAGGACUCGAAGCUGUUCUUCCGCGUGAUACCGCCGGAUCAGGAUUUCCAGGAGAACUAUGCGGGCAUCUUUCAUUUCCGCUUCUGGCAGUACGGCAAGUGGGUGGAGGUCGUCAUCGAUGAUCGUCUGCCCACCUACAAUGGUGAACUCAUCUACAUGCACUCGACGGAGAAGAACGAGUUCUGGAGCGCGCUGCUGGAGAAGGCGUACGCUAAACUACAUGGCUCCUAUGAGGCUCUCAAAGGUGGCACCACCUGCGAGGCCAUGGAGGACUUCACUGGCGGCGUUACCGAGUGGUACGACAUCAAGGAUGCACCUCCGAAUCUCUUCAGCAUCAUGACCAAGGCAGCAGAACGCGGCUCCAUGAUGGGCUGCUCCCUGGAACCCGAUCCACAUGUGCUUGAGGCUGAGACACGCGAGGGUUUGAUUCGUGGACAUGCUUAUUCCAUAACCAAGGUGUGUCUGCUGGACAUUUCCACACCCAAUCGUCAGGGCAAGUUGCCCAUGAUCCGCAUGCGGAAUCCGUGGGGCAACGAUGCCGAAUGGAGCGGACCCUGGAGCGACAGUUCGCCUGAAUGGCGUUUUAUACCUGAGCAUCAGAAGGAAGAGAUUGGCUUGAACUUUGAUCGCGAUGGCGAGUUCUGGAUGUCCUUCCAGGACUUCCUUAAUCACUUUGAUCGCGUGGAGAUUUGCAAUCUUUCGCCCGAUUCCUUGACCGAGGAACAAGAGCACAAUUCACGUCGCAAGUGGGAAAUGUCCAUGUUUGAGGGCGAAUGGACAUCAGGCGUCACUGCCGGCGGUUGCCGUAACUUCUUGGAGACCUUCUGGCACAAUCCACAGUACAUCAUCUCACUGGAGGAUCCCGACGAGGAGGAUGACGAUGGCAAGUGCACGGUGAUUGUGGCACUGAUGCAAAAGAAUCGUCGCAGCAAACGCAACGUGGGCAUCGAUUGCUUGACCAUUGGCUUUGCCAUUUACCAUCUCACGGAUCGCGAUAUGCAGGUGAAGCCGCAAGGAUUGAACUUCUUCAAGUACCGUGCAUCGGUGGCACGUUCACCGCACUUCAUCAACACGCGUGAGGUUUGUGCUCGAUUCAAGUUGCCGCCCGGCAAUUAUUUGAUUGUGCCAUCGACCUUUGAUCCCAAUGAGGAGGGCGAGUUCAUCAUACGCGUCUUCUCCGAGACAAUGAACAACAUGGAGGAGAACGACGACGAGGUGGGCUUCGGUGAGACAGACGAUCGCAUUGCACCCGCCUUGCCACCGCCCACACCCAAGGAGGAGGACGAUCCACAGCGCAUUGCCCUCCAGCGUCUGUUCGACAGCGUUGCUGGUGACGAUCAGGAGGUGGAUUGGCAGGAGCUGAAGCGCAUCUUGGAUCACUCGAUGCGUGAUGUUAUGAUUGGCACCGAUGGCUUCUCCAAGGAUGCUGUGCGAUCGAUGGUUGCCAUGCUGGACAAGGAUCGCUCGGGACGCUUGGGCUUCGAGGAGUUCGAGGCGCUGUUGACGGACAUUGCCAAGUGGCGUGCGGUGUUCAAAUUGUACGACACUCGUCGGUCGGGCAGCAUCGAUGGCUUCCAUCUGCGUGGCGCCCUCAACUCGGCUGGUUAUCAUCUGAACAAUCGCCUGCUCAAUGCGUUGGCGCAUCGCUAUGGCUCGAGGGAGGGCAAGGUGCCCUUCGAUGAUUUCCUGAUGUGCGCCAUUAAGGUGAAGACAUUCAUUGAGAUGUUCCGCGAGCGGGACACUGAUAAUUCCGAUACGGCAUUCUUCAAUCUGGACGAUUGGCUGGAGCGAACCAUUUACUCCUAAAUUGGAUGAGCAACUGUUUCAUCUUUAAUCGAACAUUUUAAACUAAUCUUAUACUAAGUGCCACAUUUACUUACGAUGCAGUCAGCAAAGUCAACACGGCGUUAUCAACUAUAUACCACGAUACGGAACGGAAAUACAAAUUCAUGUGCACAAUAAUUGAAUCAACCUUGGAACACGCUCUACGAUAAACGAUAAAAACGAUGAGCGAAUGGCAAAGAGAGAAGAGCGAGCGUGAAUAAAAACCAGAAAAUCAACAACAGAAUUUGCCGGCAAGCGCCAGAUAGUUGUAUAUAUCUUACUAUAUAUAUAUAUAUUUAUAUACUGACUGUCAAAAUGACUAAUGGCUAAAUUGCUUUGAGCCCAUUAUAAACACAACAGACACACACACAUUCUAACAUUCUAUGCUUUUGACAAUAGCCAAAAAGCCCGCAAGUACAAAACGAAAUGAAACUGAAAUGUGCAUUAAUAAAAUAAAGAAAUAAACUAUACGAAACUCAGUGCUAUAUAUAUACAGCAACCAUAUGGAGAUCAUAAUAUAGUCAUAUACACAUUUACAUAUAUAUUUAUUGGCAUUCUCUCUAUUCAUAUAUCGAACAAUUUGCGGCUAUUAUGAAAUAUUUUACAACUAAAUCAGUUGGGGAAACAAAGCACGUCAUAAGCAAGUUCUCUACACCGUAAUAACUAGUAUAUCUAUAAAUAAUAUUUAUCGUUCAACUCUAUCGAAGUGAGGUGCGUUUCAUAUUUAUGUGACACAAAGUUUAUUGAUCUGUUAACAAAUAUCAGAGCUUUUUUAAAGAAGUAACAAUCUUAAGAAAUAAGAGACUAAAAUCAACGAACAUUUCAUAUUUAAUAUGAAUCAACAAAUAUUUAAAAAAGAUAUAUUAGACAAAAUUCUAAAGAAAUACAAGAAUCUCAAGAAAUAUUUAUAUACCUCUAUUUUAUUCAGCAUAGAAUGAUAAAUCAAAAAGAUUUCUAAAGAAAUUCCUGCUUACUAUAUUUGUAAGAAUUAUUGCUGCUUUCCUAAAUAAUUUCUUGUUUUUCCCCCAGUGUCGUAUAAAUAAGAAAUGCACCUUUAUAGCAACUGAUUUAAUAUGGGGAAAAAUCACAUUUCAAGCGGGUUUUGUUUAGUUCAUAGUUUUACUUUAUGCUAAUACUCAUUAGUCACUGCAAAACCUGCUCUAGGAGUGAAACUAUGUUGUGUGAUAUUUCCCCGCUCUUAACUCGAAUCUUUUUUCUUUACGUCUUUGUUAUAAUUGUUAUAAACUUUGUAAACUAAACUUUUUUUGUAAUUUGUAUUAUGUAUUUGUUAAUUAAAUGGCAAGAGUACAACACAA